AUGGCGGCCAAAUUUGAUAGAAAGUGGCGACUUUUUCUACUUGUUUUAGGCUUUUGUUUACAGAUUUUAGCUGGGUAAGUUGCAGGGAAUAAUCUCCCUUCAUCAAAAAAUACUUGUUAUUAAUUUGAGAUGAUCUCUUCGUUUUUAGGAAGGAUUUUUACGCGAUAUUAGGAGUGACAAGAAAUGCUAGUAAGAAAGAAAUUAAGAAAGCUUACAGAAAACUUGCAAUGAAAUGGCAUCCGGAUAAACACCCAGACGAUGAAAAAGCUCAUGAAAUGUUUCACGAUUUGAGCACAGCUUAUGAGGUAUGCGAUGAACCCUUGCUAUAGAUUAGGCAGCUACUAUUAAUUAAAUUUUCGUAAGUAAUUUAUAUAAAUUCAAUUAAGUUUAAAUUUUUGGCGAAUGACUAUAAAUUUAUUAUUAUGCACAUAUCAACGGCCUGCCCUGGGGGUACACCCCCGGGACACCCCGGGACUUUGAAAAAACAUGAUUCUAAUGCAUUAAUUCCCCCUCCCUCCCCCGGGAAAUGUGUAAGUCAAACUGCCCUCCCCCUGGGGCUUAGAAUAAAGUAGUUCAUAUUAUAAAUAGCAUACAAACAAUUAAAAAUUCAGGGUGUUAGCUAGCCCAUAUACUGUCCGUCCGUUUGACGGACUCUUCCCAAUUGAAGUAGUUAAGGGGCUUUCCCAACUGGGUCUACUGGAAGAUUUUCAUUUUUUUCUGAUGAGAAAGUGCAUUGCAUUUGAUUUUAUAUUAUUAUAUCAAAAAACGUUUUAUUUACUUUUUCCAUUAACUAUUUUCUCAAAAUGUAUCACGUUUCAUUCAUAUUGGGUGUGUAUUCACUGAAAUGAAAUGUACAAAACAAAGUGCCUGCAUCGGUGUGCAUCCGUGUUCAUUCACCGGAAAUGAAAUAGAAAAAACCAAGCCACUGUUGUUUGCAUCUAAGAAGAAACACGUUGGAAAAAACACUAUUUAUUCCUACACAAGGACUUUGAUCGGUCAAAAAAAAAAUUUCCCAAUUUACGUUGAACAGACAAAACGGUUUUUUCUGGCUAACACCCUGAAAUUAUCAUACAAACUGGGGUAUCACAAUGGCACUCAUCUAUUCUGUAUUUAUUUAUUCACAUUUUAGCAAGACAACUACAAAAUAUCAUAAAUAAUAAGUUGGCGAUCGAUAUUUUUCUUCGUGAGCCUGCGAUUUUGAGUUUGCACCAAUUGUUCACUUCAUUUAUAAAAUUCAAAUUGUCAUGUCAAAGUCCCCUACUUCCCUCCCCCCAUCGUCCUAUUAUUGCGAAGUUUGUAAUUUCCCCGGGGUUCACGGGCAGAAUACACGGCUAAAAUACCAAAUUCCCCCUCGUUUCCCCCCGGUUGUCCCGGGGGUGUACCCCCCGGGCAGGCCGUUGAUAUGUGCAUUAUCAUGAUAACCUGAACUUAUUUAUUAAAAUAAAUCAAUAAGUAAGGUUAUCAUGAUGGGAGUAAAUUUAAUGUGUUAUUUAAUUAACAUAAUUUACCUCCCCUUAGGAAGUAUACUGUCAUUUGGUGGUUAAUUUGUUAUUCGGCAUACCCUGCAGCUGGUGUACUUCCAGACUGCGGCACAGAAUAGAGACCAUACAGAAGCCUGACUUCUUGGUUUUUCCUAUGAUUUUGGCGUAACUGUAAUUCGUCGUCAAAAUGCAGAUGCCAGCCAAUGUGCUUAUGAGAUAGAGGCAUUCACUUGUCUGAUAAUAUCCAAAAUGGCAGACAUCCUGGGGGGAAAUGCCUCUCAUAUUCUCAUAAGUGUAUGGUUAUAGCCCAUGGCAUCGGCAUUUUGAUGAUGAAUCAUGGCGUGGCAGCGGUUAUGCUUUUUUGGCGAGUUGACCUUCUGUGUGUCUAUUCUGUGAUUGGGUCAUUCCAGAAAACAUCAAUACCACCCCUACAGAGGAAAUUGGAAAUUAACCCCCCUAUCCCCUUGGAAUGUCCUUAUACAUUUCCUAUUAUCAGAAACAAUUUUUCUUCCCUCCUUCCGGAUGGCAGAAAUUUCCUCCGUGGGGGGAGUGUGGAUCUUUUCAACAUUUUUCAUCAGCCUUCCAACAUUUUGAUAAGUUCAAGAUAAGAACCUGAGGAUUGCUAUUCAAUAGAGAUGUUCCAAUUUUUAAUUUUGUUUGACAGGCUUUAUCUGAUGAUGAGAAAAGAAAAAUUUAUGAUGCCCAUGGAGAGGAAGGGUUGAAGAAGAUGGCGGGAGAAAAUGGACAUGAUCCUUUUGAUUCUUUUAACAGGUACAUGUGAAAUAUAAUAUUGAAUUUAACCAUGGGCGUACCGGAAGGAAAAAUUUAGGGGGGCGGCAAGAAAUUUGCCCGACUUUUCCGGAUUUUGCCCGACAACUACCCAAAAAUUUUUUUCCGGAAUUUGUUUUGGCCAGUGUACCAUUUUAGGGGUCAAAAAUUUUUCCGGACCUACCAAAAUUGUCCGGAACCUACAAAAUUUUGGCAAAUUUCACAAUAUUUUCCGCAAAAUUUAUAGAAUUUGUCCCAUUUAUUUUUUUAAUUAACCAAAAUUGCCCGACUGUUCAGCGAAUAUUGCCCGACUGCCCAAAAAACUGGGGGGGGCUACCCCCCCGCCCAUGAAUUUAACCACCAUGAUGUGCUGUAUAUGUUUAUUGGGACACCAGAUUAUUGUGCUGAAGUUAACUGUAAAGUUGAGCAGCAUCGCUCUCCCCUUGACAAGACGAUCGUCUGGUGUGGAACAACUUGUAACAAGUCUGUUGAGCUCAACAACGUUGUAACAAGCCAUUUACAUCUCGUCAACAAGCUGGGAACAAACAGUGCGAACACAUCCUGUUGACAAGUUGUUAGUGUUGGUUCAAGUCUACUGCCAACCUUGUACCCAGGGUAUUUGCUCUUGAGGAGCGAAAUACCCUGGUAUGGCCUGGUCAUGUGACCUGCGGAUUUUACGUAAAAUGGCGUAUUGUUUACUAGGGUCGGGGGAGUGAGUAAUAAAUAUACAUUGUCACUCCUAGUAAUUAUAUCACGCUUUUAAAUUUUAAUUACUAGGAGUGACAAUGUAUACUCACUCCCCCGACCCUAGUAAACAAUAAGCCAUUUUACGCAAAAUCCGCGGGUCACAUGACCAGGCCAUACCAGGGUAUUUUGCUCCCCAAGAGCAAAUACCCUGGGUGCGAGGUUGGUCUACUGCAGGGUUAUUACAACUUACAAGUGUGUUUUUACAUAUGUAACCCUUUGCCAAUUCCAGGAUGCAUAAGAAAGUGCAUUGCCUCUUAAUAAGUUAAUUUCUAAUACAUUCAAACUUAACAUUUGUAGUUUUUUUGGUGGGUUCAACUUUCACUUUGGUGGUUCUGAUCACUCCCAUCGACGAGAUACUCCCAAGGGAGCUGAUAUAGUAAUGGACCUUGAUGUGACGUUAGAGGAGUUAUAUACUGGAGAAUUUAUUGAGGUAUUUGACGCAUUGUUUACCAUACCUACACAAGUAGCCAAACAAGCAUGAGAAUUCACUUGUAUUUGACUCUCAUGCACGAGAAUCUCAUUCAACUCUCAUUGACUUUGAACUGGUUUAAAUUUUAACGAGCGUUUAUAAGACUUUCCGCUAUAUGCAACUCCUCUUCGCGUUUGACUGGGCCCAUAUAAGUUGGGACAACUCUCAUGCAAACUCUCGCUUCACAAUUCUCAUCAAUUCUCAUUUGAUCAGAGCUUUAUGUCUAUGAUAAGGCAUUACAAUACAAUAUAAAUAAAUACAAUAAUUUAUUGAACUCUCUUUUCGGAGCCAAUUAACAUUUACAAAAAAUUAUAAGAUAUACUAACAUGAAAUUCUAACUAACUAAUUACUGGUAUGGAUGUAAAAAUUGUUGAAGGUCAAAUGCUACUAUGAAUGAUUUCCUAAAAGAUAUUUAUAUAAAGGCAUUAGUGCUUAGAUACAUGUAGGUGACUGCCUUGUACAGACACAUGCUUUGAAACUCAUGAAUUGUGCAGAUGUGGUUUUGUCUCUUCUAUGCCUUGAUACUUUUUAUUUACUAAUGUAACAAACCCAGGUGAUGCGAUAUAAACCGGAAUCUGAGACAAUCCCUGGUACAAGAAAAUGUAACUGCCGACAAGAAAUGAGAACAACACAACUAGGACCCGGUCGUUUUCAAAUGGCGCAAGAAGAAGUCUGCGAUGAAUGCCCCGCUGUUAAGUAUGUGAACAAAAUGAAGAAAUUGGAAGUCGAAAUUGAACCAGGAAUGAUCGACGGACAAGAGUGUUCAAGAUUUGUUGGUGAAGGUAGUCAUUAAAAAUUUCAAUUAUUAAUUAUUUGAUUGCGUAUAAAUAUUGAAAGUACUACACCUGUAAUAGACAAGGUCUCACAUCAGCCUAUAUAAUGCAUAAAAUUACAAAAAUUGCCAGUUGUGUGUAUCGUGAUCUUAUUGUAUUUCAGGUGAACCACAUAUUGAUGGUGAUCCUGGUGAUUUGAAAUUUAUAAUAAAAGAACAGAGGUAAGUUGUGACCAUCAGUCUCUGAUGAACAAUGGGUUGUUCCAGAAAAGAUCCAUACUCCCCCCACAGAGGAAAUUUCUGCCGUCCGGAGGGGGAGGGGAGAAAAAAUUGUUUCUGAUAAUAAUAAAUGUAUUAGGACAUCCAAAGGGUGUAGGGAGGUUAAGUUCCUAUUUCCUCUGUGGGGGUGGUAUGGAUGUUUUCUGGAAUGACCCAAUACAUUAUCCACCACCUUUUAGGGUUCAUUCUAUUAUAUGUAUUAGCGAGCAAGCAACAUUUUUGUCAACACAUUCGUCAGAUUGCCGAAGGAAAACUGGACUAAAAUCUGUAUUUGCUGGGGGGGGGGGGUUAUAAAGUGUUCAACCCCACCAAUAUUUUGCUUCACCCCUCCCAUUUUGUGUGAAAGUCUUUUGCCCUAAUGCCUAACCCCUGCCAAAGCUUGCUCAGUGCUGCCGCUUGCUAUACCCCACUAGAAAUUUUUCCUCCCCUCCCUUUAAAAAAAUGAAAAUCUGCGCUUGGUUUAUGGUACUGCAAUCUUUAAGUAAUUUGUUUUCCUUUGUACACAUGUAGACAAAAUUAGUUACUGACACCAAUUUACGGGUGAUGUUCGUGUUGACAAGUAAUUCAUAGUUUCACAUUCAUAGUUUUACAGUGCCUAAUAUGAAGUAUUAUUAUUCAAGGCAUCCCAGGUUCUACAGAGAUGGAAUGACUCUGUACACAAAUGUGACUGUCUCUCUUGUCGAUGCAUUGAAUGGUUUCGAGAUGGACAUACAACACUUAGAUGGCCAUAAGGUAUGCUACUGUAUUUCUAACAACAUCAGCACACUGGAUGUACUGGGGGGAUACAACUUUGGGGUCACAGUAAUUGGCCAGAAGCUUGUGUUUGUAAUGUUAUAUAUUUCAUUAAUUGUUAUUCGUUUUGUAAUCAUGAUUUUUUCUGUGUUCGUGUUAUACAGAGUAACAUCACAAACAUCUUAUUCACCUGAGUACAUUACACCAACACAGAAAAAAAUCAUGAUUACUAGAUUGCAUUGAUAUCGAAGGAACUACACUCAGUUCCGAAAUAUCACACACUCAAACUGACCUGACUGCGUAACUCAGUUGGCAGAGCAUUGGGCUAGUAUUCCAAAGGUCGUAGGUUCAAUUCCCACCGUGCCAAGGCAUAUUUUUCAAGCUUGCCCUGUGUGGAUACACACUCAGAGUAACAUAUCACAAACAUUGUUUUGUAAUGUUAAUGUUGUGACAAAGCUUGUAAAAUCGAAAUUAAAAUCGACUACCUGCAAAAUACAAGCACAACUUCAACGUUUUAAGCAACUGUCUUCUCGUGCAUCUGAAAUAUAAACAGUGCAAGCCAAUAUACAAUAAAGAAACUGACUAUGUAACUUUUUAUUCGAGGUUCGUGUGACACGAGAAAAAAUAACUUGGCCUGGGGCAACGAUUAAAAAGAAAGAACAAGGAAUGCCCAGUUAUGAUAACAAUAAUUUAUUUGGUGAUUUAUUUAUCACAUUUGAUGUGGACUUUCCAAGGGGUACUUUAGAUGAUGAAGAGAAAGAAGGUAUGUGUUAUUAUACAUCACAGCUUAAUGUCCACACAAAACUGGAUAAAUUCCAAACUGCGUAAUAUACUCAUUUUCACUGUUUUUCUCUUUUACAAGCUGUGACAAAACUCCUAAAACAGAAGUCCUCUCAAACUGUGUACAAUGGUUUAUGA